AUGAUUAUCCGGCCAAACCCCCGGUUGGCGCAGCUGCUCCGGUCCAGCGCGCCUGCAACAUCGAUUUCGUACCAAUGCGUCCGCCAGUUGCAUAACCGCAUCCCCCAGCGGCCUAUCCCCCAGCCCACGCCCUUCGUUCCGGACGUCACCACCUUCCUCACCGUCAUCGGCCGUAAGCUCUCCCAGCACGCCGCCAAAAUACCCUCGUGGGAAGCGCUGUUCAGCUUGACCUCGGACCAGCUGCGCGAUCUGGGCGUCGAGCCCGCACGGUCGCGCCGCUAUCUACUGCACUGGCGGGAGAAGUUCCGCAACGGCGAGUACGGCGUGGCCGGCGACGCCAAGCACGUCACGGACGGCGUUGCUGAGGUCCGCAUUGCCGAAGUGCCGUCCGACAGUGCUUCCAGCCAUCCGCAGCUUGCCACAGCUACCUCGGCGCCGGGAACGAAGAAGAUUGUUGUCAACGUGCCGCAAGGCGUAGAGGUCUCGGAGCAGGUGCUGAAAAACGCGAAGCCGCUGCGCGGUCUGAAGGUCAAGGGCGCGCACACUAUCGUUGGACCCUAUGUCGAGGCCGUUUCGAACAAAAUUGCGAGGGUAGCAGUGAAAGAGGGCCUGUGGGAGGAGAGGAGAGGACACAAGGUUGAUGGCGGUGAGAGGAGGAAGGCUGAGGUCAGAGAUGAAGUCUCACAAUGGAUACUGCAGAAAUUCAGUUACCUGAAGGUAGGAGAGACGGUGUCUGGUGAUGAGAGCCUUGAGAGUGGACAAAGCAUCGAAUACAUCCACGUCGACAGUUAUUCUGGAAACAAUGAGGGCAGCAGCUGUUUCUCUCUUCAGGAAGUUAUGCUUGAUGUUCAAGUCUAUCGGCUCCAAGACGACGAAGGCGCAGCAUCUGCUACGUUGAUAACUUUGACUGGCGAUGAAGGGAAUCUUGAAGAUAACACGACACAUCAGAUGCGCGCGGUUACCUUGCCAAAUGUCAACCUGGACGGGUUGUGGGAGUCUCUGGCCUACCCCGGAAAUAUCCAUGUCAAAUUGCUACGACUUGCAACACGCAUGUUGACUAUUCUGCACAAACACGCUCUGGACCCGAAAAGCAGUCAUUACAUCAGCUGGAACGGUCUCUUCUUGCUCCACGGUCCACCAGGGAGUGGAAAGACGACACUAUGUCGAGGAUUGGCCCAGAAGCUGAAGAUUCGUUUGGGCAAAAUAUACACGCACGGCAAGAUGAUCGAGAUCCAUCCAGAAUCGCUUUUCAGCAAAUAUUUUGGGGAGAGCGGAAAGAUUAUCGCCAAAAUCUUUGACAAGAUCCAAGACCUUGCGAACUCGGAAACACAGACAUUAAUUUGUGUGAUGAUUGACGAAGUCGAGAGCCUAGUCUCUCCGCGUGAACAGUCAAUGUGUGGCGAAGUUGCAGAUGCUAUACGGGUUACGAAUGGAAUACUUACCGCACUUGACCGUCUUCGGAGCCGCCCCAACGUCAUGGUGCUGUGUACCAGCAACCUUCCCGAUGCGAUUGACUCCGCCUUCCUGGAUCGUGUUGACAUGUCACAAGCCGUGCCUAAUCCCGGGUCGGAUGCAGUCUACAGCAUACUUCGAUCGUCACUGAAUGAGCUCAUCAGGCAGGACCUCCUGACGUCUACCACGCUUUGCAGAUCCCAAGAGCCAUCUCGCACGACCAACGGAACAGCCGGCUCUACUGAAGAUGGACGUUGGAGGAAAGCUGACGCCGCAAGCACCAUGAUGGAGGAUCCACGUCUUUUUCCAUCUCUGGGAUACUUAACGCUGAUGGCCGCCGAGGAUAGCUUGGCGUUCAAGCUAUGGCACUUCUCGAAGAAGUGCGUCGGAAUGUCCGGGAGGUCUUUGCGCCGGCUCCCCAUGAAGGCCCUCGGCCUCUACACAUACUCGGAACGGCCGUCAGUGGACGAAGUGUUGGACGCCAUCCAACUCGCAAUUGACGAUGGGGGAAACAAAUGA